AUGAAGCUCGUUACUCUUGUCCUUGCCUCGCUUGCGGCCACCACCGUGCAGGGUGCCGCCAUGCAGAUUUGGUGCCACUUCCCGGGCCAAGGCUGCUACAUGCUCAAGCGUGCGGCCGAUGCCACCGGUGCUGUCAAGCGUUCUGCUGAAGCCUUGGCAGAGGCCAUGCCCGACCCUGAAGCUGUCAACACAUGGUGCCAUUUCCCCGGUCAAGGGUGCCAGAAGGCUAAGCGAGCUGCCGAGGCUAUCGGUGAAGUCAAGCGUUCUGCCGAUGCCCUGGCCGAAGCCAUGGCGGCUCUUGAGGAGGAGGAUGAGCAAUAG